UAGGGCACCAAAAUGUUGGGUAUGGGACAGUGUACUCCAAUGGUGAAGGGAUACCCCACUGGUUUCAGUGAUCAAUCAAAACUUUUAAAAGCAAUCCCAACACAUUGCCCCUUUUCUUUCAUUUUUUGAUGACUUCCCUUCCAUUUGAAACCCCAUCCUCCUACGUCUUUCUCUCCGACUUUCCCUCACUUUCUCUCUUCCCAAACAGCUCUCAUUCAAAGUUUAUACUCAUUUCCAUGCUAAAGAGAUCAUGAAAGGCAUGCAGGGAAGAAGAGGGUUUCUAAAGAAACUCAAAUUCAACCCUACAAAGAUCAACACUUUGAAACAAGGGUUAGCCUUCCAUCAGCACACUGUCUCCAACCAAAACUGCAAAACCAACAACGUUGAUGUUAAAGAUCGAAAAGACGAUGAACUCGACGUCGAACAUCCGUGUUUGACAGAUUUCGAAGAGAAAUGUCCGCCAGGCGGCGAGAACGCGGUCGUUUUCUACACGACGAGCUUACGAGGGAUCCGAAAAACAUUCGAAGACUGCAGCAGAAUAAAGUUUCUUUUGGACAGUUUCAAGGUAUCAGUCCACGAGAGAGAUGUUUCAAUGGACAAGGGUUUCAGGGAAGAGCUGUGGAACAUGUUGGGCGGUCGAGUCAUCCCUCCGAAGCUCUUCGUCAAAGGCCGAUACAUCGGCGGAGCCGACGAGGUCGUCGGACUUCACGAGCAAGGGAAGCUGAAGAAGCUGUUGGAAGAGAUGCCUUCGAGUGGCAAUAUUAUCGGCAACAAUGUGUGCAGUUGUUGUGGCAAUCUGAGGUUCUUGAUUUGCUCCAGCUGCAAUGGCAGCCGCAAGGUUUAUGAAGAAAAAGGAUGUGAUCAUGAUCAUGAUGAUGAUGAUGAUGGUGAUGAUGAUGAUCAUCAUCAUCAUGAGUUUUGCAUCAAGAGAUGCAAUGAUUGUAAUGAAAAUGGAUUGAUCAAAUGCCCGUCUUGCAGCUGAAAAAUGCAUGCUGAUGUUUCAUGAGUCAUUAAUUCAGUGUUGUGUAGAUGAACAAAAUGGUGAAACUUUGUAUCUAAUUUCCCUUCCUCAACUAAUAUAUUACCAAUGGUCUAAAUCAUGCCUUCUUUGUUAUACAAAGAUCUGAUUUUUCUA